UUAUAGUUAUUGGGUUAAUUAACCAAUUUUGUGAAAAAUUUAUUUGUUUAUGCCGUCGCCUUCACGAGUCUUCACUAGAUACUAAACUCUACAUAUCAAGUCAAUAAUCAGAUCCCAUUAUCCAUGGAAAAGCUAAAUACAACCUUCGACAACCGAUAUUAAAUUCUCUAAUCCCUACAAAAUUAUACUAAAAAAAAUAGGCUUUAGUUGUUAAAUUACGCUAGCUACAAAUUUAAGCACAAAAUCCCAUAAUUCCAUCUUUUGUAUAAAACGAGACUUUCAUAUAAAAUUUUCACAUUGAUUCCAUUUUAAAGGAUCUAUCUUUUUAUGGGCUCUUUUCACUUCCUUCAUUUAUAAGUAGUACUUCUACAAAGUCACUUCAUUCAAAGCUCUGCCAUUGCUAGCUCAAAUGGGCAGAACCAGUCUGUUAAGUCCACCUGAGUCGCCUCAAAGCUCUAGUGUCUCCGACGGGUUUUUCCCGAGCAUCAAUUCGUACGACGGUAAGGUCAUGCUGGCGGCGAUUGUAUCGUUACUAGUUGUGAUAUCAUUUGUUCUGUUACUCCAUGUUUAUGCAAGGUGGUUACUUGGACAAGCACAACAAAGAAGGAGACAGCAAUCUCAUGUAUUUGAUUCGACUACGUUGCAUCAUCGUCAUUUACGUACAACUAUUUACGACGACACUUACGUUGAUUCGCCAAUGAACGGUCUCGACGCUUCAGCCAUUUCUUCUCUCCCUUUGUUUGCUUAUAAAUCUGAUCUUUAUAAGAAUGGAUUGGAUUGUGUAAUCUGUUUGAGUUGUUUCGAAGAAGAUGAAAUGGGAAGAAAUCUUCCCAAGUGUAGUCAUGUGUUUCAUGUUGAGUGUAUUGAUAUGUGGUUACAGUCGCAUUCCUGUUGUCCGAUUUGUCGAGCUCCGGCCGGUCCGGAUAAAGCGGCGACGGUAAUCAAUUCAUUGUCAACAAGUACACAAACAGAAGCAGCCGGAGUUCAAGAUGAAGCAGCUGCAGAGUUGGCUGUUGUCAGUACCGAUGCAAAUUCUCCUACUGAAAAUUCAAUUCAUUCAACUACCUCCAAUUCAAAUAUAGAGAAUGCAAAAGAUUCAUUGUCAGCACAAGCAGGAAGGACAUUAUCGUCAUUGUCAACGUCGUUGUUACCGUUGUUACCUUCAACAUCUUUGGGUUGUUCAUUGAAGAGAAUGUUAAGUAGAAGUAAGUCGGAACAUAAUAAGUUAUUCCCAUCAACAACAACAACUGUAACUGAGCUCAUUGUUUGAGUAAAAUGUAUAUAAACA